AUGCCCAUAUCAAAGAUUCACGUUCAUCCUAACCACGUUCAAGGAUCAGGCUACAACAACAUUGCUAUUCUAAAGAUGAGUAAAUUGCUAGAUUUGCCUCUGGGAUUCCAACCUUCCUGUGUUUGGCACGGAAUGUUUAACGAUUCGGUUAAUGCAUACGGCAGUGGUCGUCAGGACAUAAACCAUUUUUUGUAUUUUGACGAAGAGAUUCACCUCAAUUCAACGCAAGCGCUCCACCGUAUCAAAUCUCCCGUUUUAAACGAAAGCAGUUGUGUAAUUUCAGAGCGUUUCGCCCCAAGAUUGCGCCAUGGACUUACGAGGGAACAGUUCUGCGUCGGAAAUGACGUGUUUUUGGUACCGGGAUCAUGUGAUCUGCUGGUUGGCGGCGUUCUAGAUGAGUGGAUGUUCAAGGAGAACAACGACUACCAUCACACCGUAGCGCUGAGUCUGUUUGGAAGGGAUUGCGGUUUUGGAGAGCAUAUUAUUGGGGUUCGUCUGUCAAGCCACGUGGAGUGGAUGAAAUCCGUCCUUUUGCCAAACUACCAGGAUACGGCUGAUACUGUACGAUACAUCGAUAUGGAUCUUCAUGAGGGCGAUAACUGCACAAUUUCCAAGGGAAGACCUGCUCGUUGCGUUUCUGUAGACAUUUGUCCAGGUCAUCUUAAUCGAAAAGUUGACACAUUUUGUUCCAGUACUUCGGUGGUUUGCUGUGCUUAUGAGAUCAUCAUGUUGAGCGAAGGCAGUCAAAUACAUCCUGAGGUUUUUAAAUGUCCUGAAAUGGCUCAAGGGCAUACGACUUCGCUGGGGUCUCUGGCGUAUAUUGCAAGACAUUUCGGCGAAAGAAUCACCUUCCUGUGCUCAGGAGUUGUUAUAACGAAAAGUGCGGUGCUAACGACGGCAAGCUGCCUGGCAGAACAUCGUUACUUGGUGGUUCGUCUAAUUGAUAAACAGACACAGUACAAUAUCAGUGACGUUUUGAAACACGAAACCUACAACUCAACCGAUAAAACCAAUGAUAUAGCGCUGAUUAAGCUUAGCUACCCAUUUGAGUGGAAUGCGCAGGUUUUCCCGGCCUGUCUGUGGACAAAUCAAACUCAUACGCCAAUUGUGCUGAACAUAACUUUCGCAGUUAGAAAAGAUGUUACCGGAAACGCUGUACUCCAUCCAAUGUACAAUUCUGACUGCCAGCGAAGUCACCCGUACGAGGUUCACAAGACUCAACUUUGUUUGAGGAAUCCUGUGAAGAAUAUCACAUGUGUGAGAUUUAGCGGUAUGCUCACCUGGUUGGAUCCUCGUGGCGUCCCGUUUCUUGUCGGGGUCACUCCAGAUGAAGAUGUCCAAUGUCUUCAAUGGAGGUAUUCUACUGCUACAAGAAUAUCUUCCUUUUUGGAGUGGAUAACGAAAAAUGCGUUUAUAUGA